CAUUUUAUAUUAAUUAAAUUCUGUUUUGGAUAAAAUUUAAUAUAAAAUUAAUAUAAUAUCUUUCAGAAUGUAUUCAAAUUAUAUGACAAAGAUUUCAGUGGAUCACUGAAUACAAUGGAACUGAGAGCAGCACUUAAUUCAGCAGGUUAUCGCCUUAAUUUUCACAUUCUUCAAGCACUGGUUUUGAGAUAUGGAAAGAAAGGGAAAAUUACAUUUGACGAUUUCGUUAUGUGCGCUGUUAAAUUGAAAACAAUGAUAGAAAUUUUCAAGGAAAGAGAUCCAUUAAAAAUGGGAAGAGCAACAUUUACAUUAGAUGAGUGGGUGGAGAAAACGAUGUACAGUUAAAUAAAGACUAAGUGUCGUUCAAAAUUUUUAUUUAUUUUGUACAUAAUUGUAAAUUGUUUUAAAAUUUACGCAAAUUUUUAAAAAAUAUAACAAAUAAACUUUUAAAUAUUUUUAUCAUAUCGAAAU